AUGGAUUGCGGUUGCUUUGUCUGCGUUUCCACUUCCACCCUUGGCAUUGUGGAGAGCUGCGGGAAGUUCAAUCGCCUCGCCUCGCCCGGCGUCAACUGCCUUAUUCCCUGCGUGGAGUCCCUGCGCGGCCGCAUCACCCUCAAACUCCGCUGCACCCCCGUCGUGGUGGAAACCAAAACCAAAGAUAACGCACUGGUGACCAUCACCGCCUGUCUGCACUACCGCGUCCUUUCCGAUCGCGCCACCGACGCAUUUUAUCGCCUCACAAACCCAGCCGAGCAGAUUGGGAGUUUCGCGGCUAAUGUGAUCCGCGGGGAGGUGCCCAAGUACACACUGGACGAGAUCUUUCUGCUCUCCCGCAACAUCAAACAGGCGGUGGAGGAGGAGUUGAAGGAGCGACUCACGCAGUACGGCUUCGCACUGGAGGCCACACUCGUUACGCAGAUUGACCCAACACGCGAUCUGAAGGAGGCGAUUGCACAAACACAACUCAACGCCUAUCGACGUACCGCCGCCGAACACAAGGCGGAGUUGGAUAAAAUAGUGAAGAUUAAAGAGUCGGAGGCGGAGUUUGAGGAAAAGCGACUGGCCGGUGUUGGACUUGCAGAGGAGCGUAGAGCCAUUAUGGAAGGACUGCAGAGUAGCAUUGAAUCUUUUGUGGAUACUGUACCAGGCGUUAGGGCACGGGAUGUGAUGAAUUUACUUCUUAUGAAUCAAUACUUUGAUGCCCUGAAAGAUAUGGGAGGUUCCAAUAAGAGUUCAGUAGUACUACUUCCACCAGGAAACAAUAAAUCACUCUUAACGGAAUUACUAGCGGCACAAAGUAGUAGGGGGGCUAUGCAAUAG